AGCAAGAAAACAGAACGAAGAAGCUAUUGAUACUAUUAUACGAACAAAUUACAGAAUCAAUAUGCAGAAUUACAGCCCGGAGACGUGGACACCAGUGAAUCCUCAAAGAACGUCUAGCUCCUCAUCAACAUUGACGAUAUCGGGUCAUCUGGUCACCCCACGUCCCGAAGCUGCUUCCAUAGGUCAUUUGACCACCUCACAUCACCCGACAUCAGCCGUACCACUAGCCCAUCGCUACUCUACCUUCUACAACAACUUGGAUGGCAGCUCAAGUAGCACCUCGGCCACCAUUCCGCCCUACAACGAUGAAUACUCGGCGUGGAAUUCCUUUGAUUUCACAUCACCAACGACGCAUACCCACCCACACCAGACGGCUAGGAGCUCAUUCGCCGCUGCCGCUGCGGCACACCACGGCCACUUUCACCAUCACAACGCCGCAGUGAUGAUGCAAAACCCACAGGCGACCGGUUUAAAUCCCACCGCUGCCACCAUGGGUGUUAGUUCACAGCACCGUGACUCGCUGCUUUCGGCAGCGUCAGCGGCAGCGGCAUCAGCAGCAGCUGCAGCGGGAGCAGUCUCAGGGAGCAGUUUCGGCAACAUUUCUCAUCGGCAUUCUUCUUUCACAUCACAAAGUCAUGGUAGUAAUUGGGUUCCGCCAUCAUCGUCCAGUUCGGCUCGGAGGACGAAACGGAGACCGUACUCAAAGCUCCAGAUCAUCGAACUCGAAAAAGCCUUUCAAGAAAAUAUGUACCUGACGAGAGAGAGGAGGACAAGGAUAGCUGACUCCCUUAAUCUCACCGAUCGCCAGGUGAAAAUCUGGUUCCAGAACCGUCGGAUGAAGAUGAAGAAGAUGACCGAAAGAGAACGGACUGAACAGGAGCAGAUUGAGCGAGAGAAACAGGCUCUAGGAGCAAAGUUCUUCAUGAAGACAGAAUCCAUCAUGUGAUCUGAACAGAUCAGACGAUGUAUUUAGAACAGACAAGAUCCUCAUGCAGUUGGAAAAACGUAGACAUUUUCCUCGCGCUGGAGAUCACUAUACAGCCUGUAGCCUCUAAAGUAUGUAUAUCAGAUUUGGGUCUUUGGCUCGACGUUUCGAACAGGUUGACUAUCCGUCGUCGACGACG